AUGGGUAAGACGCGUGGUAUGGGAGCCGGGCGCAAGCUGCGCAACCACCGGCGCAACCAGCUGUGGGCGGACAAGCAGUACAAGAAGAGCCACCAGGGCAACGAGUGGAAGAAACCCUUCAUGGGCUCGUCUCACGCCAAGGGCAUCGUGCUCGAGAAGAUUGGUAUUGAGGCGAAGCAGCCUAACUCCGCUAUUCGUAAGUGUGCGCGAGUGCAGCUGAUCAAGAACGGCAAGAAGAUCGCAGCGUUCGUGCCCAACGACGGUUGCCUCAACUUCAUCGAGGAGAACGACGAGGUGCUCAUUGCUGGAUUCGGUCGUAAGGGACACGCUGUGGGAGAUAUUCCCGGUGUGCGGUUCAAAGUGGUGAAGGUGUCUGGUGUGUCGCUGCUCGCUCUCUUCAAGGAGAAGAAAGAGAAGCCCCGCCCAUUUGUCGCUACGAUGGACGAAUCUCGUGAGAGGUCGCCGUUGAAUUUGCCGGAUCUCGAAUCCAAUCAGCUCCCAACCACCGCCACGUCAUCAUCGGCAAGAAUCCUGUCUACUGGUGCCGCCGCUGUCGGUACUGCCACGUCAGACGGCUCCUCCCCCUCUGCAGCCACGUCAUCCUCUCCGUCAUGCUCGGAGCCUGCCACGUUGUUGCAGUACGAACAGCAGCUGCUGACGUGGCUGCAACGGUUUUCCGACGAGCUCGCGAAUCGCAUCACCACGAUCGACGGAAGGAUCGACGGGUUGCUGAGCGACGCGACUCGGGUGGACUCAAAGCUUCGUGUGGCCGAGGCGAAGCUGCAGUGCGCUCCCGUGAUUCGCGGCGCCGUUCACACCAUCUCAAGCCCAGGGCAGUCGCGCGCGAGUCACACGCAAGGCGAGCUUAGCGGGAGGGCGGGGAUGUCUACAGCUGGGAUAUCAAUUGCUCAGAAGAAGCAGAACGAGAAUCAGAAAGAGAAGCAAAAGGAGGAGCAGAAAGAGAAGCAGAAGGAGAAGCAGAAGGAGAAGCAGAAGGAUAGACAGAAGGACGAGCAGGGAGGAAAGAGAGGAGGGGGUUUAAGCUUUGAGGAGCGUGUUCAGGCAGCAGAUGCGAGUCAGAGCUAUUACAGCCCACAGCUGACAUCUGCAGCUGCUGCUGCUGCUGCUGCUGCUGCUGCUGGUGGGGCUGCUUUUGGUGGGGCGGCUGUGGGUGCUGCGUCUUCUCUCUUUCCGCCCUACAGCAGUCAAGCAGCAGUGGUUUCUCCCUUCCCUGACCGGCCAGACUCUCUCGCUGCCCUCGCCUCGCUCUACGAUUUCACCACAGCCAUCCCCACCCCCUCCUCGCCCCCUCCCUACUCUGAGCCUGGGGAUCUACCUGCUGGGCUUGCCAGGCAGCAUCCCGCACCUGCUGAAACACCUGGAGCUUCUGCCUCUGUUGCUGGGCACCUGGCUGGUGAUCAGCUCUCCCUGCCAGGUGUCUGGUCAGGUGAAUUCCCAGGUGGAUCAGGGACUUUCCCAGGUGCUGUUCCUGUCCUGCCUGGGUCGUCCCCGUCUCCUCCGCCCUUCCCUUCCCCCUCGCUCUCUCUCAUGGAGCCGUCCGGAUGGGCUGUUGACAACUUCAGGUCCCUGCUGGAGCAAGCACUCAGAGCACCGGUUGCUGACAGCACUUGA